GGGGUGAGCACACCCCUGCUGCCUGUGUCAGAGUAUUUCAGAACAGAGGCCAGUAUUUAGGCACUCUUCAUGGAAGCUGUACAUAUGACUUUUUACUGAAGUUCCACUUUAACUUGCGGGGCCAUUAGAGGACACUUUUCUGUUUCUCGCGGACCAAGAUUACAAGUGACUUUUCUUCUUGUAGAAACUGUGACCACAGGAUACUUUUACGCACAGUUGUUACACUCUCGGAAAGGACGAUGCCUCGAUCUUUCCUGGUCAAGAAAUACUUCGCUAAGCAAAAGCCAAACUACAGUGAACUGGAGUGUCAGAAUGACACUUGUCUGGAGAAAUAUACUCUUGCUGAUCUCUCAUCAGUGGACAGCACUUCCACUGCCACCUGCUUCACCACAGGUUUGGUGUGGGACCUGAGUGUCCUUCCCACCCUUUACCUGCCUGCCUCCCAAACCGAGCCCUCUGCCACCACAGGUCCCCUGGACCUCAGCUCCCCGUCCAGCCUCAGCAGCAAUGCCAGCAGCAGUGGAGAGGAAGAUGAAGGGCGCACGUCGGACCCCCCUAGCCCAGAACCCGUACACACAUAUGGCCCUCGUCAGCGGAUGAAAUGCACCGGAGUCAUGGCUCAUAUCAGUCCCCCGGAAGAGGAAGAAGAGAGAGAGACCCCUGCCACAGCCUCCAGGCCAGCUUUCCUCUGCAAACACUGCCCCAAAGAGUACACCAGCCUGGGGGCACUGAAGAUGCACAUCCGCUCACACACCUUGCCCUGCGUUUGCACCACCUGUGGAAAGGCUUUCUCCAGGCCGUGGCUGCUGCGUGGUCACAUCCGCACACAUACAGGUGAGCGCCCGUUCUCCUGCCCCCACUGCAACCGGGCUUUCGCUGACCGCUCCAAUCUACGGGCUCAUCUGCAGACCCACGCCGAGGUAAAGAAGUACCAGUGCGGCGUGUGCUCUCGCACCUUCAGCCGCAUGUCACUGCUGCAGAAACACAGCUCCUCAGGGUGCUGCUCCACUUCGGUGUGAGACGGCAUGAGGGAGACAGAGGGGACCCACUCAGAGCUAAGAGCGGUGGAGGGCUUGCAGCCAUGGAGAAGAGGUUUUCACGAGCGUGUUGGGGACCUAUAAGGCCACAAAGAGCAUGAAAUGGCCUGCUUUAAGAGACCUGGAUGGAAUUAAACCUCAUUAUGGAUCUGACUUUACAAGCCUCUUUUUUGCCAUUAAAAAAACAGCUGACAAGCUGUUUUUUUUUCUCCCAAUAUAGUCUGAGGUCUUGAGGCUGGACCAAAUCUGAACUGAACUAUGCACACUCACUUGAUAUCAGCUCCUGUGUUGCUAUUGUGCCCAUUCCAAACACCAAAUAUGUAGUGAACUCAUUGGGGUAAGAGGUGUUCUUUCCUGUCUCUGUCCCGGUGCCGGUCAGCUCAGGAUCAUGGCCAAGACACAGCUGCUCAGAGGUAGGGGUGCGUGGGUGGAAUAAAUCUCUUAGCGUGUCUCAAAACACUCACACACACACACACACACACACACACACACACACACACACACACACACACACACACACACACACACACAAUCGAAUGCACACACAGCUGUCCUCGGUACUGCGGUGUAGAUAGACGAGGUGCUAACAGGUGCUAUAGCCCUGACCCUCACUGGUUGAUAGCAGGUGACUUCCACUGCCCUUGGUUUGCUUAAGAAAAAAGAGGAAGCAUGUCAUCACAAAAGAAUGGCACCAGUUAGUGUUUUCUUCACCAGCGGGGAUCAUUUUAAGCCUCUAUUUUGGCUACAUCUAAACCUUCUCUUUAAUCUGAUCAGUUUAAGAGAUAGGAAAAGCCGUUUUGUCUGUUAUUUUCCAAAGGAGUUUCACUGUGCAGCUCUGCCACGCAUUCUAGGUUACCACAGUGUUAAUAAUUUCAGCCAAAGCCAUAUAACUAAAUGUGUGCCUUGAAAUUAUAUUACUUUUGAAACCAAAAUGUGCCUUUUUUUUUUUACCUCAUUUAGUAGUCAUGGCUUAAAAAAAAAUGAUUGCAGUAUUAUUAGAAAUUAGUUCUAUAAAGUUUUAAAAUGUAAUAAGGCUGGGACCAAAGAAUUUUAUAGUUUACAGCAUGGAGACACGGUUGCCUAUUAUGUGAUGAGGACCCUGUAAAUGGACAGUACAAAGAUGACUUUUUUUUUUUUUUUAACUUUCCUGAACAUUUUAUGGCUGUGUUUAAUAGUGCAAUGUGCAAAUGAUGUGUUAUGUCAUAUUUUUGUACUAUGCUUGUGUGUUCACUUCCUAUUUCCUGUAUGUCGCAGCUGAUACCUUUCCAUUCAAUAAAGUAAUUUAUGUUUA